AUGCGUCUCAUCAUACGAAAAGAUUAUGAACAAGUCAGCGAAUACAUGGCUUCAUAUAUCAAGAGUCGUAUUAUAGAAUUCAAUCCAACUCCCGACCGACCAUUCGUCCUUGGUCUUCCGACAGGCUCGUCGCCAAUUGGCACAUACAAGAAACUGGUGGAAUAUCAUCGCAGAGGCGAAUUAUCAUUUCAGAACGUGAUCACUUUCAACAUGGAUGAGUAUGUUGGAUUACCGAGGGACCAUCCAGAAAGUUAUCACUCGUUUAUGUGGAAUCAUCUAUUCAAGUACAUCGACAUAAAACCGCAAAAUGUUCAUAUUCUGGAUGGGAAUGCGACUCAUUUGGAUGCUGAGUGUUUGCGAUUCGAGGAGAAGAUCAAGGCUGUGGGUGGGAUUGAAUUGUUCUUGGGAGGAAUUGGCCCUGAUGGCCACAUAGCAUUUAACGAACCUGGGUCAUCCCUAAAAUCGAGAACACGCGUAAAGACACUAGCGUACGACACGAUCCUCGCAAACUCGCGUUUUUUUAAUGGAGAUAUUAGUAAGGUUCCGCGAAUGGCGUUGACUGUUGGUGUUGGAACAGUGAUGGAUGCACGCGAGGUCGCCGUUAUCAUAAGUGGUGCUCAUAAAGCUCUCGCGUUGGCUAAAUGUAUCGAAGAAGGUGUAAACCACAUGUUUACCGUCUCCGCGAUUCAAUUACACCCGAAAGCGUUGAUAGCGUGCGACGAAGAUGCCACGCUCGAACUCCACGUAAAAACGGUGAAAUAUUUUACAAGUAUUGAGAGAGUACAGACCGAGUUGAUUGGAUUGGAGAACGUUGGAUUGCAAGGCGGCGUCAUAAGAUACAAUACUCCCGAUCCUUCUCCUCUUCAAGAACAGUUCUACGAGGUUCCCUUCGAAAGACAAUGA